AGUCCAUAACCACCAUAAUAAUAAAUUAAUAAGUUGGUGGGUACUGAACCAGCAACCACAAACCACUUUCGGCUACCGGUGGAUGCCAGAGCUGCUCCCACAGCCACACCUCAAGAUUCUCCUUCUCCUUCUUCUACUUCCAAAAGCCACAUACUUUUCUCAUCUUCCCAUUUUACCCUCAGAUUCCCUCCAAAUUUUCUUCCCUCUACCCCUCCCUGAUUCCAUUUAUUUACAUAAACCAAACCAAAACAAACACUACAACAUAACACAACACAAAGAUGCUGUCUAAACUGGUAUCUGGUCCAAGGAAGAAGAAAUCUGGCACUGUCCCAGUUCACCUCAACGUGUAUGAUCUCACCCCUAUCAAUGGCUACGCCUAUUGGCUUGGCCUUGGUGUCUACCAUUCAGGUGUUCAAGUUCAUGGUGUUGAAUAUGGAUUUGGAGCACAUGAGCAUGAAACGACGGGGAUUUUUGAAGUGCAGCCGAAAAACUGUCCAGGGUUUACUUUCAGGAAAUCAAUUUUGAUAGGUACUACGGAUCUAGGACCGAGUGAGGUUCGGGAAUUCAUGGAGAAGCUAGCUCAAGAGUACUCCGGGAACACCUAUCAUCUCAUCUCGAAGAAUUGCAACCACUUCUGUGCUGAUGUUUGUCUCAAAUUAACAGGGAAAUCGAUUCCUCGAUGGGUUAAUCGACUCGCUCGACUUGGUCUUCUCUGCAAUUGUGUUCUUCCCACCGGCCUAAACGACGCAAAGGUUAGCCAAGUUACAUCAGAAAGUGUUCAGGAAGGAGAAAAGAAGAAAGUAAGAAGUCAGUCUAGCAGGUAUGAGGCUUCCUCCGAUCCUGCGUUGUCAUCUCGCCCUCGAAGUUCAGCAAUUAAAAGUAGUAGCCAGAGAUAUUGCCGGCCUUCACCUUCAUCUGUGAUUAAUGCUUCUUCAACAUCAACAUUAACAGUAAAGUAAAGCUUUAACUGGCUCUGAAAUAUAGUGUUUGUAAACUUUUGUAACUGUAAACAACCUAUGACGAGCAGGAAAGAAAUUUUUUCAUUUGCUCCAUCUUUCUGUCCUGCUGUAUAUCGUCCAUAUUAUGGCAAUGGUUUGCAAGAGUUGCUGUGUUGUCCUAGUUUUUAAAAUGCUCUGUUUCUUCAGUGAAUGGAAAAAGUCCUUUAUUUCUACAA